ACUACAUGUCAAUUUCUUUUCAGCACACGCCAGCUUUUAGUGCACGUGUAUUUUACGGGUUUAGCUCGAUUACCUAGCCAAAAUGGAUAAGCCAAACGUUCUCGCCCGCGUGGUCAAGGUUUUGGGUCGUACCGGCUCCCAGGGUCAGUGUACCCAAGUCAAAGUUGAGUUCAUUGGAGAAACCAGCCGUCAAAUCAUCAGGAACGUGAAGGGGCCAGUUCGUGACGGAGAUAUUCUCACGCUCCUCGAGUCUGAGCGUGAAGCUAGGAGACUACGAUAAGAAAUGUAACACCGCUAGCUGUACUUUAGGUUAAGUUGCACUAUAUUUACAACUAUAUAUCCAAAUUAUAAGAUAAACAUCUCUUAAGAAACCGUCAAAGAUGACCAUCACUGUGUAACCAGCUUCUGAAUAUAUAAUUUAACACAU